UAUUUCAUCAGCAUCAAGGAAAAAAAAUAAAAACUUGCUUCACUUCCCGCCCUUCCCGCUUCUUCUUGAAUCUCAUUCUCAUCUACUAUCUUCUAGUCUUCUACUGUUACCACAAAAACAAAAAAGAAUACAAUAAAAAACAACACCACUACUCUGCACUCUGCAGUCACUCCAAGACUCACGAGGCUGGAGCCGACGACACUGGAUUCAGGUUGAAGAAGAAGAUGGGUGAUGAGAAAGAUCAAGACAAAGAAAGUGCUGUUGUUGUAAUGGAUACUCCGGAAAGAACCCAGAUCGCUACUCCACUUUCUAAAUUCGAGGAUUCCCCAGUCUUCAAUUAUAUCAAUAGUCUUUCACCUAUCAAGCCCGUUAAAUCUGUGCAUUUCACACAGACAUUUAGCGCUUUAAGUUUUGCAUCCCUUCCAUCUGUUUUCACUUCGCCUCAUGUCAGUUCCCUCAAAGAUUCUCGAUUCCUAAGAAGGCACCAGUUUUCCGAUCCAUCAAAACCGGAACUUACAUCCGAAGAUGCAAAGAAAUCCGAUACCAACGAAGGGAAUCCAAACGUGACUCAGAACUCACUAAAUCCACAAACGGAAUUCAAUUCCGAUUCCGUUUCUGAAACUUCUGUUGUGCCAUCAAACAGGCCCUCAAAUCUUGAAUCAAGAAAAUUAAGCUAUGAAGCAGUUAGCCCCGACACAAUAAACACAUCAAAAAUGGAUAAUCCAUCAUCAUCAUCAAUUGUCCCAUUUGUCAAUAAUCACUCUGCAAAUGAUCCAAUAAGAAUAGAAUCAGAUAUUGAAGGGAUUGACUCACUCCAUAAUAAAGUAUCCGCAUGUGAUUGGGACAGUUUGAUAUCCGAUGCUUCAGAGUUGCUUAAUUUUGAUUCACCUAGUGAUACUAUCCCCUAUAAGGGCCCCACUCAAACCACUUUAGACCAAAAACCCGAAGCUAAGAAUGAUAAUCCUUCAGAAAAGCAUGAAGGUGCUAGUACAUCUUUAAACAAUUUUGAGGUCGGUGAGCUGGCAGAUGAUAUGGAGGAUAACGAGGUUGGAUCAAAUUUAUAUCGUGGCAUGAGAAGGCGUUGUCUAGUUUUUGAGAUGAUGGGGUCUCGAAGAAAGCACUUAGAAGACAUCUCAAAUGUAACUGAUUCCAAUGAAACCGGUCUUCCAAAUGACAACUCUUUAAUUCCAAUGAGGACCGGAAACGGAAACGGAAAUGGGAAUGGAAAUGAAUCAUCUAGAUGUAUUCUGCCUGGAAUUGGAUUGCAUCUAAAUGCUCUUGCUUCAACUUUAGUGGAUCAAAAAGUUGUUAAGCAUGAAAGCUCGGGAUCCGGUGGACAACUUAUAAUUGCACCACCUUCUGCCGCCUACAAUUCCACUCCUUCCGGUCAAGAAUUGAUAACAUCAAUGGGUGAUGCAUCUGGUUUGGAGAAUGAUCAGAGUGGAGUUCCGGUUACAGAAGAUGUUUCUAAAGCACUUGGAUUUGUAGUUAAUGAAGAGUUAAGUCAGAGUAGUCCAAGAAAGAAGAGGCGUAGAAUGGAACAUGCAGGAGAAACAGAGGCUUGCAAGCGUUGUAACUGUAAGAAAUCAAAGUGCUUGAAGCUUUACUGUGAAUGCUUUGCUGCUGGGGUUUACUGUGUGGAGCCAUGUUCAUGUCAAGAAUGUUUCAACAAACCGAUACAUGAAGAUACAGUUCUUCAAACUCGCAAGCAGAUUGAAUCCCGCAACCCUCUUGCAUUUGCUCCCAAAGUUAUUAAAACCUCUGAUUCCAUGCAAGAGGAUGAAUCUAGCAACACUCCAGCUUCAGCUCGACAUAAACGAGGAUGCAAUUGCAAAAAAUCAGGUUGCUUGAAGAAAUACUGUGAAUGCUUUCAGGGUGGUGUUGGAUGCUCCAUCAACUGCAGAUGUGAAGGCUGUAAGAAUACAUUUGGUCGGAAGGAUGGUUCGGAAAUGGAUCCAGAAAUGAAUGUUGUUGAUGAGUGUGAAGGGAAUGGAACCGAUGGAAGGUUUCAGAAGAUGGCAAUACACCAUGAAGUCGAGCCAAUUUCUGCUACUCCACCAACACCUUCACGUUUUGGCAGCAGGCAAUCUAUUUCUAUGAUAAGCUCUUCAAAGGGCAAACCACCCCGAUCUUUUCUGGCCAUUGGAUCAUCAGCAUCAUCUAGCCAAAGAUUUGGAAAGCUGAAUCCAUUCAAAGUUGGAAUGAAGACAGCAGCAGAUAAUAAGCAAUUGCAGACAGUUGGAGAAGAUAAGAUACCUGAAAUACUUGAAGAAAAUGGUUCCCCAAUCAGUGGUGUCAAAUCUUGCUCACCAAACAGCAAAAGGGUGUCCCCACCACACUCAGGACUUGGACAAAGAAGCAGCAGGAAAUUGAUAUUGCAAUCCAUUCCUUCAUUUCCAUGUCUCACUCCCAACUCUAAGCAUUGAUUGAUGAUAUGCUGCAAAUCAAUCAACCACUUUCGAUGCCUUUAGUUGUUACUGUGUAGUUUUUCUUUUCUUUUUUCUUUUUAUAUUUUUUUAAUUUUUAAUUUUGAUGUCGUCGUUGUAAGGUUGCUUAUUAUUAAGAUUAAGGUUACUACAACUCUGCUUGUAAAAUAAUAAUAUGAUGAUGUUCUUAGCUCGUGUUUGCUUAUCAUAAAAACAUAAAUUAUGGUCAA